CUUGAGUUCAGUACAGCCUACCAUCCGGAGACAGAUGGUCAGUCAGAGCGAACUAUUCAGACACUUAAGGAUAUGCUUCGCGCUUUGGUUGUUGACAGAGGUGCUAAGUGGGAGUCACUGUUGCCGUACGCUGAGUUCACGUAUAACAACAGUUAUCAUUCUUCUAUUCAGAUGGCUCCUUACGAGGCACUAUAUGGUCGCAAGUGUCGUUCCCCUCUCUAUUGGGACGACGUUGGAGAGCGGCGAAUCCUCAUGGGUUCCAACACCUGGGACAGAUUCAGGGAGAUGAUCCGAGAGAAGUAUUAUCCCACGUAUUACCGAGCUGAGAUGGAGCGGCAGUUCCUGUCGCUCAGGCAGGGUACUCGUUCUGUUGAUGAGUACGAGAGAGAGUUUUCCAGACUCGGAGCUUUUGUUCCUGAUCUGGUACGUACUGAGGCACAGCGAGCACAGCGUUUUACUGAUGGGCUUUUUCCAGGAGUCCGUCAUAAUAUUGUAGGUCACGGGACCCAGACAUACGCUCGUACCGUUGCCAUUGCUCAGGAGGUGGAUGCCAACAUUCGUAGGGAGGCGAACCAUGAUCGAUUGCAGCCAGUUACCCCUGCCCAGUCAUCCACAGCUCCACCAAUGCCACCAGCUGAUGCCCAAACCCAGAAGAGUCAGAAUAGGAAGGGGAAAGGCGCCCCGAUGGACAAGAAGACCCGACGGAGGCUACAGCAGAUCCCACAGUGCCCCACUUGCGAACGACUUCAUCGCGGAGAGUGUCACAUGGGUCAGGAUAUUUGUUAUUACUGUCACGAGCCUGGACAUUUUGCCAGUCGAUGUCCGAAGAAACUCCAGCCGCAGCCACAACAACCUCAGCAGCCACCGCAGCAGCAGCAGCCCCGACAGCAGGCACAGAGGCCACCCCAGCAGCAGCAGAGGG